AUGUAUUCAUAUCUUUAUUAUGUUCUGGGUGGCAUGAUGAUGUUCAUUGGUCUGGUGGCAUCAGCACUCCUGGUCAGAGCUAUGAUGUACCCGAAAUCAUAUGCAAAGAAACUAUUUACAUUCGUCAUUGUAUUGGCCAUGUUUUCGAGAGGUGUCUACUUUUUACUGAGUCCAUCGAUCAUCAGUGGCAGUCUACAGUCGUUCCCCCUAAAUGCUUUUCUAUUUUGGACGUAUUUUAUGUUGUUUGUGUCGUGGGCAGACUUUUAUUAUCAGGCAUCGAUCGGAAGAGAGUUUAACUUUUUCAAAAGUAAUGUUGCCGUUGGAUUGCUGACAGCAUUCAUCAUCGGAAGUAUAGUGACGAUCGCUGCAUUCUUUUUCACUGCAAACACUGAUGCAGAGUGUAAAAGAGUAGAUUUAGGUACAUCAUUCUUUAUAGAUAAUCCAGAUACCAAAUCAUUUAGUGUAGCUUGGUAUUGGGUGUUUAUUUAUUUUGUAUCGUUGGAAAUAGUUCCAACCUGCGCAAUGUUAUACUUUUUACGUAAAGCCCCCUCUCAGAGAGCAGAGCAGCCAAACUAUGCUCCUUUACUACAGGCACAGUGA